UUCUAAUCUAUUGUGGAAGCAAUGUAGAACAAGCUUAUUGCAACACUGGGUGGAUAGGAACUACGGCUAGGACUCUGAGUUCUUAAGACUGAAUCAUUUUGAUUUGGAAAUGGUUUCAUUUUGCUGCAAAAAGUGAGGAUUUUGAGAACUGAGAAGUGGGAAAUGGUGUGAAAUUUUGUUGCUAGCAAUUAGUCUUUGCUGGUGUUCUUCUUUUUUGCUUUUUUGUUUUUCUUGGUUUUUUGGAUUUUUGGGUUUGAGGAAUUGGGUGUCGGUGGAUCGAGAGAGCAAUGGAGUCUAGGAUGGAUCAGUAUGAGAUCAUGGAGCAGAUCGGUCGCGGAGCUUUUGGGGCUGCUAUUCUUGUUCAUCACAAGGCUGAGAAGAAGAAAUACGUGUUGAAAAAAAUUAGGCUUGCGAGGCAGACUGAACGAUGCAGAAGAUCUGCUCAUCAAGAGAUGGCUCUUAUUGCUCGAAUCCAGCACCCUUAUAUUGUGGAAUUCAAGGAGGCAUGGGUUGAGAAGGGUUGCUAUGUUUGUAUUGUCACUGGAUACUGUGAAGGUGGAGACAUGGCUGAAUUGAUGAAAAAAUCAAAUGGUGCUUACUUUCCUGAGGAGAAACUCUGCAAAUGGUUCACUCAACUACUGUUGGCGGUAGAAUACCUACAUUCAAAUUAUGUUCUACAUCGUGACUUAAAGUGUUCCAACAUCUUUCUUACCAAGGAUCAGGAUCUUCGCCUGGGGGAUUUUGGACUUGCUAAGACACUAAAAGCAGAUGAUUUGGCUUCUUCGGUGGUAGGAACUCCCAAUUACAUGUGUCCUGAACUGCUUGCAGAUAUUCCGUAUGGAUUCAAAUCUGAUAUUUGGUCACUAGGAUGCUGUGUAUACGAGAUGGCUGCUCAUCGCCCUGCUUUUAAAGCUUUUGAUAUGGCUGGAUUGAUAAGCAAGAUAAAUCGUUCCUCUAUUGGCCCUUUACCUCCAUGUUAUUCCCCUUCCUUGAAAACACUAAUAAAGGGCAUGCUGAGAAAAAAUCCUGAGCAUCGACCAACAGCAUCUGAGGUGUUAAAGCACCCUUAUUUGCAACCUUAUGUUGAUCAAUAUCGUCCAUCUUUCAGUCCUCCAAUUUCUGCUGUCAACUAUCCUCGGAAAAGUAUGGCUGAAAGUGAAAACAGUUGUAGUUCAAGUAGUGACAGAGAUAGUUUGAUGUCAAAUGAGAGAAACAUUGCAACAGCAGUGCCAAAGUGUAAUAACAAAGCCACCGAGACAGAUCUAGCAUCAAUUGAUGAUGAUGGCUCAGAGCAUCUCCUGCCAAGUGAGGAAGAAAAUGGGUCUAGCAAUGCCAAUGCCAAAGCCAAAACAGAUGAGCAAGAGGUGAUGAAACCAUCUCACAAUGAACAGUGUUCUAAUGUUGAAGCUAAGCAGCCAAAAACAAUUAGAAAUAUAAUGAUGGCAUUGAAGGAGGGAAAAGUUAGAGAAACAACUUCUCCAAUGAGAGGAAGUCGCGUAAAGGCUGGUGGUGUACCAACUCAGAAAAUAAAUACAGAGACAUUGUCCAGAUUGCCUAAGCCUACUUUUAUUGCUCCUGGUUUGAAGCCUAAUUUAGAGUCACCAAAUGUUGCACUAGCAAAGGCAACUACUGAUUCUGCAAAAAGGAUUCAGGGAUCACAUCGUUCAAAGCACCAGUUACUGAUGACAGAAUCUUCACCAAAAGUUAAACCCAGACAUGAUUUGACUCCACCAUCUGGUCUUAUCAAACAAGUAGAAGGAGAUGGAGUUCCUGCCAAGUCAAGGCAAAGGACUCCCCCAACCUUACUUAGACGAACUUCAUUUCCAGCACGAAUGAGGCUGGCUGGGCAUGAUGUUCCAAAUGAUACUGGGAAGCUAGUUCUAAAUAAAAUAACACAGGAGCCUGAGAUGAGCCAUUGUCUGUUGACCAAUGGCAAUGUGCCUCAUAGUUCUAGACAGAUUACUAGAGAAAGAGAAGCUCAGAAGGCUUUUGAAAGAAGUUCCAAAGGAUAUACAGACAGCAGUAAUUCUGCCUCAUCUUCAGUUUCCAUUCAAGGUUGUGAACUUGUUGAUGAUGCAACGACUUUUAUUGACAUGAGAGAACAGAUAAUUGCUGAUCAUGAGAGUGUAACCCACAUUGUAGGUGUGGAAUCAUGUCCAGACAGCAGCCAACCUACAACCUGUUCACAUUGUAAGAUGGUUGAAAAAGUGUCUGAGCAAGCCUGUGAGGUUUCCCUGAAUUUUCAGAAUACUAUUAGUAGUAAUGAGAAAGUGAGUUCCAGUUUAACUCUUGAUCACCAUGUUGAAGAUUCUAAGGUAAUGUUUGCUUCUGAAGAUGGUCUUCUCAUAAAUCAGACUACUAUAUCUGCUGCCUCUGAGUGUGAUGAUGGGCCUCUAGACAACCCUUCUGAAGCCACCAUAGAAAUCCAAGAUCUUCAAGAUAUUUCCAAGGAAAUGACUUUAACCAAGUCUCUCAAACAUCCACCCCCAAGUUCUGGAGAAAAGUCUGUUUGUGAAGAAGUUGGUGCAGUAAGCAAGCCCAAUGAUAUGCCUAUUAUAUUGAGCCAGCCAAAACUCAUGUGUAAGUCCACUGGUGAUGAUAAAUUCACAGUGAGGGAGCGACUAUCCCCAGUGGCUGAAACUGCUCCUCUGAUUACCACUGCUAAUCUAUCAAGCCAGAAAAUUUUGCAAGAGAAAGGAACUGUCUUGCAGAAUGCAGCACCAGAAAGACCGGAUACUGGUCAUCUUCCUCCAGCCUUUGAUGAUGUCAUACAUGUUAUACGCCAUAGUAGUUACCGCGUUGGGAGUGAGCAGCCAUUGAAGGAAUCUGUGGAGAUGGGAGUUCAAAAUGUGGAUGUUGGUAAGUUCAUCAACGUUGUGAGGGAUGAUUUAGAAAAGAGAAACAUAAGCUCACCUUUGACCCUUAAAUCUUCAAGUUGCUCUGAAGCUGCAAGCUUGAAAUCAAAUAUUUCUGAUCAGUUGGAAAUGAGAAACACGAGCACUCCUCCUGUCCUUAAAUCUUCAAGUUUCUCUGAUGCUUCAAGCAUGAAAUCAAGUAUUUCUGAUCACCCUGGCCUUAAGGAACAAGAUGUGAGUAAUCCUAUUUCUUUAGUUUCAGAAUCUGAUUCAGCUGAGCUCAGUAAAUGUACCACUCCUAUGACUGAAGAAAAACCACCGGCAAAGGAAACAUUGGAUGUGAAAUCUUUCAGGCAGAGAGCAGAGGCACUUGAAGAGCUCUUGGAAUUGUCUGCAGAGUUGUUGCAGCAAAAUAGAUUGGAAGAACUUCAAGUUGUUCUAAAGCCCUUUGGUAAAGAUAAGGUCUCCCCAAGGGAAACAGCCAUUUGGUUAGCCAAGAGUCUUAAAGGAAUGAUGUUUGAGGAAAGUGGUGGACGCAGUUCAUGAGGUACCUUACUUCCUACAUGACAAGUUCACUUGCAUUUAAUGUAUUAAAACUUGCUUUUAUAGUCAUAGCUAUUCAAGUACCACUUGAAUUUUCAAAGACAACAAAAUUGGCUUUGUUGCUGCUUUUUUCAUUAUUGUAAUUCUUUCAAUGCUUUUAUGCUGUUGUAAAUAGUGACCAUACAAAUUAAUAACAUCAAC